AUGACUGAUUUGAAAGUGGUUAAUGAUGAGGAUCCCAUAAAAUUGGUGCUUCUUGGUGGUCCAGGAGUUGGGAAAUCCACUUUUGCAAACAACAUUUAUUCAAAAUUUUUUAGGGAAACUUAUUAUCCAACUCAUAAAUCCACAAUUUUAAUGUUUGAAUAUUUCCCUAAAAAGAGGAAAUCUAAAACUAUAUUGGAUGAAUAUGGUGGAUUAGAGGCAAAGAAAAUCAUAACGGAAUCAAAUGAUAUUCAAUUAAGUCCAACAAUUUUCCAAUCUUAUACAAAAGAUAUAAAGCAAUAUGCCAACAAUGCAAUUGAAGAUUCAAAUACAUAUAAAGAACCCACAAUUUCUCCAAUAUUGGUUGAAUUAAUUGAUACACCACCUUUUAAACCAGAUUUAGUUGUACCUUUUUUAGAAGUUUCAUUAUAUAGGAACUUGGAUAAAGAGGAUUUACAUAAUUUAGCAAAUGAACCAAGAAGACCAGUAUCAACAAAUCCUUUAUUAGUGGCUAGUGGAGCAUCAGAAUUGGAUGGGAAUGUUGAUGGAUACAUUUUCAUGUAUAGUGCAGUUCCAAGUUUUAACCCACCAUCAUAUGAAGAGGUGCUAUCACCUUCAACUUCAAGAAAUUCAGCAAUAUCACCAGAUUUGGAUAUCAUUAAUAAUGAUGAUCCUUUAACUUUAUUAGAUAUCAUAAGAGGAGCUAUAUUAGAUGCAUGGAGAGAAUAUAGAAAUUAUCAAAAAAAAUGGAAAAAGGGUUCAGAGGGUGAUGUUUAUUCAUUAAUCUAUGGUAUAAAGCAAUUGUGGAAGAUGAAAUCAUUUGAAGAUGAACAAUUAAAAUUAGCAGAGUUGAGAAAGAUUUCAAAUAGAUUAGAUGAUUUAGAUAUUGAUCCAAGUUCUCCAGAAUCACCACCUCCUAUCUUGAUAGUGUGUACACAUGCUAAUCAUGAAGGGAUGAGUCCAAAUUUAGUUGAAGCUGGUAAAAAAAUGGCCAAUAAUUGGAAAUCUUCAUUUGUAUUGGUGGAAAAUGAAGGUGGUGAGAAUGUUGAAGAGAGUAUUGCAAUUUUAAUUAGAGAGAUUGUGGAGAGACAAAAAUUACAAAAAUUGAGAAAGAAAUUGGGGAAAUGA